AUGGUAAAGAAGAAUAAAUCACCUAAGAUUAAACAAGAAUAAUAAACUUAGAAAUAAGAGUAAAAGAAGCCAGCUGCUGUAGUUGCUGAACAAGCACCAGUAAAAGCAGCAACAGUUGAAGUAGCCUAUAUUCCACAGCCUUACAGUCUUUCCAAGUUAGGCCCCAAGACUAUUGGAAAGGCAAAGAGUGGCAAGUCUUGGAAUGUGGCUUCUAAGAGAGCACCUAGACAUUCAGUUUAUAACCCCAAAACCUGGGAAGAGAAGACAGAACAACGUAAAAAACUGAAGGCUCUCAAGGACAGAGUAGCAGAAGCUAAGUUAAAGAAGAAGCAGGAAAAACAAUCAAGAGCUGUAUAAUUGAGAGAGAAACUCAAGAGAAAAGAACUCAAUCAAAUGAAGAGUGCCACUUAUCAAUUGAUCAAGGAUACAACAAAGAUAAGAAAGUGGUCUAAGAAAGCAAAGACUCAGCUAUCAAAGCUUCCCGCGGAAAUCUUCUAUCAGAAGUUUGGCAAAUGA